AUGCGGAAAAUCACAAAGUUAUUCUUGUUCACAUCACUGCUAUCUGUUUUCACGCGUAAUUUCUCAUAUGCAUCUAAUGUUAUACUAAUAGCAGAUAAUACUAUCGUUAUGUUGCCAGAUGAUUUAAUUAUCAGCAGAACAAUAAAUGGCACCUCUAUUCCUUUUACUAGCGACGAAUAUUUUGAUGAAUCAAUUAAUCACACAUCUAUCUAUGCACAGUAUGCUGGAGAGACCUAUCCAUUACCUUCUAACUAUACAACGGGUAUAUUAGCCGAGGAUGAGAUCUCGUUAUUUGGAUAUUUAUCCACUUUUGGAAUUGCGAGACUUGCAAAGGAAACGGUGGAGCUUUCAGACUGUACCGAUAGUGAAGAAACAGCGUUAAUUGCCCGAGGUUAUAGUGGUGGAUCUGCCCUCGUCGUUCGAGUUUUUAUUAAUUCAUUGGGAAAAUUUAAGCAGUGCUAUCUGACUAGCAAAAGCGGAAAAAAUUGUUAUUAUUCUCAGUGUCAAAGCAGAGGUGCCAAAUGCUUAAUUAAUGAAUAUACUUUAAGAUGUAACCAGUCUGGUGAUUGGAGUGCUGCGGCAUGUAAGUCAUGUAAAUGUGCGGCUGGAUACACUUACGAUUCUUUCUAA